GGUUACCGGAAGGUGGGCUAUUUACUAUUCUGUACGAUUUCCAAAUGAUGUCAAAUGCAGACUGACAGAAUCUGACCUUGAACGUAGCUAGUUUUCACAAUCAAGCAAAUGGGAUACUAGACCUUCGAUAGCUCCACCUGCUCUACAGCGUGGUUGGUUCGUUUGUACUUGGAUGGUUUCCAUCUUUUUCCAGCUACCCUUAUCAAUAAAUUGGAAACAGAGAAAACUAGGUGUGAAUGACACAGAGACCUUCAGGUUAACGCACUGGCCAGAUCUAUAUAAACUGAGGAUUCUAGCUUCCGAAACCAUUUUAACAUCAACAGGCAACCAUUAAUGGACACUAUCGAUAUAUUGGCCUGGUUCUUCACCAUCCUCUUAGCAUUGUUAAUAUAUAGGGGAUAUCUUCUCAAACCUUUAAGAUUUUGGGAGUUGCAAAAUGUACGAACCAUUAAAUCCCUUAAAUGCACGUCUGCUAAAUUUUUACACGAAGCUGAAUUACAGAAUUAUCUCCAAGUUGGGAGAAUUUAUGGACGUUAUGAUGGUCAGAUACCUGUAUUAACGGUCGCUGACCCAGAUAUACUGAAGCAAAUUUUGGUCAAAGAUUUUUUUGUUUUUCCAAAUAGAAGAGACGUUAGAUUCGGUGAUGAUGUGAUGGAUAAAAUGGUUUCUGCGUUGGAAGGAAGAGACUGGAAGAGAGUUAGAUCCGUUUUAUCAAACACAUUUACAUCUAGUAAAUUGAAAAAAAUGUUUAAUAUUUUAAACGAUUGUAUAACUUCAUUGAAUGAAAACUUAAGUGAAACAGCUGAUACCAAAGCCACAAUAGACAUAUACAAAUUAUUCGAAUGUUAUUCAGUCGACGUAAUUGCAAGGUGUGUAUUCGGUACAAAAAUUAAUUCUCAUAAAGAUUCAUUAAAUCCAUUUGUUCAGAAUGCUAAAGAACUCUUAAGAACUGGAGAAACUUGGAAAAGUUUUGUAGCAGUAAAAUUUCCUCAACUGAUGAAAUUAUUCAAAAUUUCAUUAUUUAAUCCUGAAUCUACUCAGUUUUUUCGAGGUUUUAUACAUAAAUUAUUAGCAAAAAUGGAGAAAAAUAAUCUGGAAAAUAGCUUUUUAAAACUAGUUAAAGAUACUCAAAAAUCUGCGACCUUUAACGAAAAUUUUCGUAAAGAAUUCCCCGAAAAAAUUAUCGAAAAUAUGGUCAUGAGUGAAGAAGAAUUGGCUGCACAGUGUUGCGUAUUCUUUCUAGCUGGUUACCACGCUACUAAUUCAGCAUUAGCCACAGCUAUUUUUAGUUUGGCAGCUAAUCCCGAAAUCCAAGAUCGAUUAUUUAAAGAAAUCAAGGAUGCUCCUCUCAAUAAUAAUAUCGAUUACGAUACCAUCAACGAAAUGAAGUAUUUGGAUGCUGUAAUUGCUGAAACUUUUCGAAUGUAUCCUCCAACUAUCAGGUAAAUUAAGUGUUAAAUAUCCUUAAAAAAUACUUUUAAGGACAAAUUACUCAAUAGAAUUUUUUUAUUUUAAAGAAUUUUAAUGGGUAAUUUAAUAUAGGAUCUAUACUGGUUCCUUAUUAGGUUAGUACUGAAACAUGUUACAAGAUUUUUAUUAUUAUUAUUAUUAUUAAAAAAUAAUAAUAAAAAUCAUUAAAUGGCCCACUGAAAUUAACAGAAAAUGUCUUAAUUUUUACUAAAUUUAUUGAGAAAAAUAUUAUAGGAACUUGCAUAUUAAUUGUAUUAUAGAUAC